GUUCUCGCGAGAUGUCUGUGACAGCUAACGUGAACUAGUCUGUGUGUCAACCACAGUGACACCGGUUUUGGCGAAAUCUGUAACACUCAAUGUCUCUCCAGUAUUACCAUUUUUAACGGGAAUCAAGUAUUAUCCUGCCAGAGAGUGUUGUCGUCUGUCGGCCCGAAGUGCCGUCACAUUCCUUUGGACUGUCCGCGUAUCUCGUCCUUUAAUCGACAGGUGUCGUCCAGCCACGCUGUGGAUCUCCAGCCCCUCCACUAAGGCAGUGGCAGAGCCAGAGCCAUCAGCAACCACACCAACGGCUCAAUGAGCGCUACGGGGCAGCCGCAAGGGGGGGGUCCGCGUUCUCGCCGAUGCCUGGGCCGGGACAAGGAACCAUGCCAGACCAACGGCAUGGAUGCCUCCUGCUGGUUUGCCCCUGCAGUGCUACGAAGACUAAUUGAGCUGCCCUCACCGCCCCUGUCCAGACACCAGCUCAAGAGACUGGAGGAGCACAGGUACAGCAGUGCAGGACGCUCCCUACUGGAGCCUCUGAUGCAGUGUUACUGGGAAUGGCUGGUGGCACGAGUGCCUUCCUGGAUCGCCCCUAACUUAAUCACCAUCAUCGGCCUGGCCACUAAUGUCUUCACCACUCUGGUGCUGGUCUACUAUUGUCCAACCGCCACAGAACAGGCUCCUCUCUGGACGUACCUGAUGUGCGCUGUGGGCUUGUUUAUCUACCAGUCAUUGGAUGCCAUCGAUGGGAAGCAGGCCAGACGCACCAACAGCAGCUCUCCACUAGGGGAGCUGUUUGACCACGGCUGUGACUCCCUCUCCACUGUGUUCGUGGUGUUGGGAACCAGUAUAGCUGUGCAAAUGGGAACCAACCCUGAUUGGAUGUUCUUCUGCUGCUUCGCUGGGAUGUUUAUGUUCUACUGUGCCCACUGGCAAACAUACGUGUCAGGAACCCUGAGGUUUGGCAUCAUUGAUGUGACUGAGGUGCAAAUCUUCAUAAUAAUCAUGUAUUUGCUGGCCGCUGUGGGAGGAUCUGCUUUCUGGCAGUCACCGAUUCCUGUCCUCAACAUCCAGAUGAAAAUGAUUCCUGCCAUCUGCACAUUUUUAGGAGCCAUCUUCUCCUGCACCAAUUACUUCAGAGUCAUUUUUACAGGAGGUGUGGGCAAAAACGGAUCCACAAUAGCAGGAACCAGCGUCCUCUCUCCAGUCUUACAUAUUGGUUCAGUUAUAAUUUUGGCAGUGAUGAUAUACAAGAAAUCUGCCGUCCAGCUGUUUGAGAAACAUCCCUGUCUUUACAUCCUGGCCUUUGGCUUCGUCUCGGCCAAAAUCACCAAUAAAUUAGUUGUUGCACAUAUGACCAAAAGUGAGAUGUAUCUCCAUGACUUGGCCUUCCUAGGACCCGGGCUACUGUUCCUGGAUCAGUAUUUCAAUAGUUUUGUCGACGAGUAUCUGGUGCUGUGGAUUGCACUGAUCCUCUCCUUCUUUGACCUGGUGCGUUACUGCGUCAGUGUUUGCAACCAGAUCGCCUGCCACCUCCACAUCUUUGUUUUCAAAAUCAAGCCCUGUUCAGUUCUCAGCUCUUCUCCCCACUGAGGACACGUCGGCCAUUACUGACUCUGUUUCUUCCUCUUUUUGCCGCACUCACCUUCUCUUCCCUCUGUUCUCCACUGGGAGACACAGGGCGAUGUGAUGUACAGAAAGUGCUUCUGCCAACUGAAUGUGAGGACAUAUGUAUUAAAAAAUACUCGGAGUAUUUACUGUUUUUUUUUUUUUUUUAUUUUUUUUUUUUGUUUGUUUGUUUAUUUUUCACCAGUGCAGAGUUACAUUUGUACCUCCGGCCCCGUAACAACAUCUCCCUCUGACAUACUCGGUGUUCCACAGAGAAAUUAUUUCAGGAAGAGUACAGGUGCUACUUAUUGUGUUCAAAGAGAGAUAAUUGUGUGUGUUGUAAUUGUCCAUCCUCAAAAAAAGAAAGAAAUAUAUAUAUAUAUAUGUAUAAGAGAUGAAUCAAAUUUAAACCACUUUACUUUUUUUGUAAUAUUCGCAUAACUUUUGCCUUUAAGUCAUUGUAAAUACAAACUACUACUGUGUCUGUGCUUCACGAUUAAUUUAAGAAAUAAUGCUUUAAAACAUUUAUAAAUCCUUCCAUCAAGUGUAUGAUUCUCAGGCAACUUCAUCUCCUACUGAUGCAACUGUUUUUCGUCAGCGUGGCUUCAUACAGUAGUUUUACAGGUGGGAUUGUGCGCUGUAAUUCAGGUGGGAUUAGGGAUUUUUCUGUUGACGUUGACCUUGGUUGAGGCCUCAUUUGCAUUUUUUUUUCUCAAUUUGCAGAAAUCUAGGAAAAAGGUCUUUUAAUUAUUUUAAGACACAUCCGUUACGUUGCAAAU